CAAUAUCUUUUUUGUUUAUUUUUUCUCUUUUUGAAAAUUCCGCAGGAACAAGAAUAAGCUUGGAUGGCCGAUUCUGACUUCCAUGAAAAGGAUGUACCGCUACCAUCUGGGCUCCAUCGCUCUCGGCUCUCUCAUCAUCGCGCUGGUUAAGUUGGUCAGGAUUGUCUUGAAGUACUUGGAGAAGCGCUUGGGUGGACAGAGCCAGGCUUGUUCUUGGGCACUCAAAUGCUGUCAGUGCUGUCUCUGGUGCUUCGAAAAAUUCCUUAAAUUCCUAAGCAAGAAUGCGUAUAUUGAGAUAGCUAUCUACGGUUAUGGUUUCUGCAAAGCCGCACAGAAGGCAUUUUCGCUUCUUGUUAACAACGCUUUCAGGGUCGCUGCCAUCAACUACGUCGGCGCUUUUGUCCUGUUCCUCUCCAAAGCCACGGUCGUCAUUUCCUCUGUAUUUAUAGGCAUCGAAAUCAUGAAGACUAGAAAAGACGUGACCUACGCCUGGGUGCCCGUCCUGAUAGCUGCUGUCUUCUCGUACUUCAUUGCCCAUUGCUUCAUAUCCGUGUAUGAGAUGACCAUAGACACAUUGUUUUUGUGCUUCUGCGAGGACUGCGAACGCAACGACGGAAUUGAGAAACCGUACUAUAUGAGCAAGGGACUAAUGGUAAGUCACGGAUAUAAGUGGUACACGCACAAAACUUCCUUUUUCCUCGAUAACAUAUGCGACUAUUUCUCAGACUGCUCAUAA